CGAAAUGUCGAUGGAUGCACAGAUCGAUGAAGCGACAUGCCCGCAUUUCGCCCUGAUCUACAUUGACCUAGACGGAAAACUCCGGUUUGAAGCAUCGCCAUCUGUAGCAAAUAGCUACCAGACCAUAUUAUCCCCAAAUGUCACGGAGACAUUUAUGAGAGCAGUGGCAAUUUCCGACAAAGGAGACCCACCAACACUUCCAGAAACCUCAGGAUUAGAAUCAGCUUCCCAGACAAAUAAAUUGCCCGGACUGCGUGAUGCGAGCUUGCUGGGCCAAGAAAGCUCGACAUUAAGGCCUAUUGUACCAGAAGCCGAAACCCAGAAUAAAGAAUGGUUGACUGACAAAGACCGUCGGUUCCAGUGGCACGCAGAUGGCUAUCAAAUCAAGAAGAAGAAGAUCUCUCACGAUAGUGUUGUGCCCAUGAGUAUAAAUUGCAGCCAGAGAACGAUGUUGCCUGUUCGAAACGAAAAGCUGCUGCGGCAAUAUUACGAGAAGGCGUUUGAGAGUCUACAACAGAUCAAUUGUCGAAUCCUCGCCAAAGCCUAUAUCAAGCUGGUGGAGCCUCGCAAACAGGUGAACUUUCCUUAUAAUGGACGCAAGAUAAUUUCGGGCACCUCUCAUCAGCUUGAUCCGGAAACGACGAAGCCCGCCUGGUGGCCAUCUGGCGUCACCCACAGGGAGCCCGACCAUCUUCUCAAGGCUGAGCGCGUUCGGCUUCUCGUACACAUCCUCUGUGAACUUCGCAAUAGUCACGCAGUUUCCGUCGGGAAACUGAAAGAAGCCGACCAGUCAAUUCGCCGGCAAAUAUCGCCCCCUGAGCGACUGCAAGUAUUAGACGAAAUAUACCAAGUUCGACAAGAGGAAGAGCUUUACCUUGACGGCAGAGUGGAUGAACAGACGAAGGUCUGUGUCUCGCGUGUGCAUCUGCCUGAUCAUAUGAAAGCACAAGCGCUAGAAAGCGACAGCCGAAGCUAUGGUGUUUCUGCCAGAAAAUCGGGGGAGAUGAACCCGGUCUACAGAAACGAGGUCCCUGAUUUGGAAGCGCACACAUCUGUGUUCCCGUCGACAGGGACUUCUCCCACGAGUAACACAUCGAGCCCAUACGAAGUUCCUCAAAAUAAUGUUAGCGAACACGGCACGUUCAAGCAGAGUACACAACAGAAUUGGGCUACUAGCCUUCCACCCCUAACAUCAUCCUCGGGUGACACAAAGAGAAGUCGCGAGAACGACAACACGUACCAAUUCAGCUUUUCCUUUCCACAACACCAUACCGCUCCUGUCCCUGUCGAUUCUCAGCCCUUUCCGAUGAAAUAUUAUAGCGAGCCGCACUACAGUCAGCCGCAAACGGUCCCUAAUAUGGGACUACCAGGCGCAAGCCUUGGAACUUCCGCCCAUCCAUAUUAUUACGCAUACUAA